CUCUGCUUGUUGUGGCGUCCUCACUCUCUCCGCACCACCCGUCUCUCCGUGCUGCUGCUGGAGUUAGCUUGAGGGAGCUGGAGGAAGGUUUCCCUGUCGUGACAACCCGUUUAUACAAACUUUUACUAGUCUAGGUUGUGCCUGAUAGCCAGAGAGAGAUUUUCACUCUUGUUUUCGAUGCAUGGGAGUGCCCUGGGAGCGGCGACGGGAGAAGACAGUGCUGGUGGUCCUGACUGUCAGCAGGAUGAGUGAGCAGAGGGACAGUUUUACAGUGUUCAGGUGGGAGACUCCACCUUCACUGUGCUUAAGCGCUACCAGCAGCUGCGCGCCAUGGCUCUGGGGCCCAAGGCAUUGUCUGCUCUGCUCUAGAUACAGUCCUUGGUAUACUGUGGCAGUACAAAGCUGUGUCGGCCCUUCCAGAACCAGACCCAUGCUAAACGUGCCUACAGGUGAGCUGGUGCUGCUAAAAUGUGUCAACCACAAAAAUAUCAUCCGUCUGAUCAAUGUGUUCACGCCUCAGAAGUCCCUGGAGGAAUUCCAGGAUCUGUAUCUGGUGAUGGAGUUAAUGGAUGCGAGCCUAUGCCAGGUGAUCCACAUGGACCUGGACCAUGAGAGGAUGUCUUAUCUGCUCUACCAGAUCCUAUGUGGCAUCAGGCACCUGCACUCUGCAGGCAUCAUUCACAGGGAUCUGAAGCCCAGUAAUAUCGUAGUGAAGUCAGACUGCACUCUAAAGAUCUUGGAUUUUGGCCUCGCUAGGACGGCCUGCACUAACUUUAUGAUGACCCCCUACGUGGUGACCCGAUACUAUCGUGCCCCAGAGGUCAUACUGGGUAUGAAGUACAAAGAGAAUGUGGACAUCUGGUCAGUGGGGUGUAUCAUGGGAGAGAUGGUAAAGGGCAGCGUCAUCUUCCAGGGCACAGACCACAUUGACCAGUGGAAUAAGGUGAUUGAGGUUCUGGGCACGCCCAGUCUGGAGUUCAUGAAUCGACUGAUGGAGACCGUUAGGAACUACGUGAUGAACAAGCCACAGUAUCCUGGCGUCAGCUUUGCUGAGCUUUUUCCGGACUGGGCCUUUCCUUCUGACUCGGAACAUGACAAACUAAAAACAAGUCAAGCGCGGGAUCUGCUGUCCAAGAUGCUGGUCAUUGAUCCUGAGUGCCGGAUCUCUGUAGAAGAAGCCCUCAAUCACCCGUACAUUCACGUGUGGUACGACCCUGGAGAGGCGGACGCGCCUCCUCCACAGAUUUCAGACAAGCAGCUGGAGGAGAGAGAACACACGAUUGAGCAGUGGAAAGAACUGAUUUAUGAAGAGGUGAUUGACUGGGAGGAGAGGAACAAGAAUGGAUUGAUGAAAGAAGAUUGCUCAGACGUGGUGUCAGCUUCGGCCUCGCAGUCCUCAUCAGCCAAUGACAUCUCGUCCAUGUCCACGGAGCAAACCUUGGCCUCGGACACAGACAGCAGCAGCAUCGACACACUGACAGGACCGCUGGAUGAAAGUCAGUGAUUGCAGUCCUCCUCAUGUGUCUGCCUGCAUCAGUCCCCCCCUUCACAUUUGCAAUGUCCAAAUAUCAGAAUACAAUCAUCUUUCUCUUUGCUGCCUCUCCCAAUAAUGUUAGAUGAUUUGCCCUUUCUAUUCUUUUUGUCCUUUUUUUUCAUUAUUUCUCUCUAAACUUUUAAAUAGGUCUAUUUUUCUAUUUUUUUUCAGUGUGGUGGAUCUUGUUGAUCCUCUUUAACGCUACACUUUUUUCUUUUUUUUAUCGUUGCCCAGUUGUUGAAUCCAUCUUAUCUGUCUGUUGGGUCAGAGUUCAUUCUUCUACACGUGGAAAUUGUUUUACUUGAUCAAGUAUAUAUGAUAAUGUUUGCAUCCAUAUUGAUUUUCAGGUUGUUUGCUCCCUUUGCCUGUAUUUAAUAGUUUUAUUUUUUUAGCAAUAUUAAGUUGAGGUCAGAGGUUGUUGUAAUCAACCAGAGCAGACACACUUUAACAUAGACCACAGCUGCCUGCUGCUCUCAUGCAUGUUAUGCCAAUAAGAACAAAAGCUUAGCAUAAGUCAAUCACACCAUGUGGUGUCCAUCUGAUCAUCAAACACUCAUCCAAAGUUUGAUCGAUCCUUUAGCUAGCUUGCUGUAUUGCAGAUCGCCACUAUUGUGCUUCCACACAGUGUUUUUGAACUCAUUAGCUGGAGUUAUGACUAUUUUGAGAUUCUCCUCCAGACAGCUAGGGGGAGCUGAGGUUGCACUGUUACAGUUUUAGUUCCUGAUAUAAUGUACUGUAUGUAAAGAAGAUGAUCUGACAGUCAUAGUGACUCUUUCAAUAGUCAUGGAUAAGAUGUGCUUGUUUUUGUUAAUUAACUCAACAUGCCAGAAGAACCACGUUUCAGUCAGCCCCAUUUGACCCACGGUACUUACUAACAAUGUAUACAUCAAAAGAACAUCCUAAUUGUGUAAAUUUAGGAGCUGCAAAAUGCUACAUGUUCUAUUUAUUUUUGUGUUCUUGCAAAACGUUGCACAGAAUCACGUGGAAGCUGAAGUGACUUGAGCCUCUUUUCAAAGCAUUUUCAAUAACAUAUCAUUAGUGCAUUGGCUGCUCUAUUUCUAAACCAUUCCGUUCAUACAAAAUUCAUGAAUCAGACAUCAUGUAGAAUAAAUAUAAAGGCAGUAAAACACAAUUAAAUGUGUUUAUCUUGCAUGAAGGCAUUAAAAAUGCCAGUACGUUUCUGUAGUUCUUGCUAUAAAGAGAAAACCGUUCAGGUCAAUUCUUUCACUUACAGUACCUUGAUGUUCUUGUUUCUGAAAUCCUGUUUGGUGCCGACAUCAUUUUUGUUGUUGUUAUGUUUUUGUUUUUGUUUUGUUUGUUUGUUUCGCUUUGUAAGCCUAUAUAUAUAUAUGAGUGUGCGUGUGUGUGUGUGUUAUCAAAAUGUAUCGUGCAGCGCCCUCCUUUUUCCUUUGGAUCAUCCUUGAGGACAGCAGUGGCCUAAUUGCAAAGGCAACACGAUCGAGGGAGGGGGCCUCUCACGAAAAAGAUGUGUUGUGAUUUAAAAGGAAGAUGAGACUGAGGAGUCCUGAAUGAAAAAUUAGACCUUGGAACUCAAGAUGGAAAUGUGAAAGAUGGACCUUGGAUAUGGACUGUGGAGCUGCUUUAUGCAGAACUGAUUGCACAGUGUGAUGGACAUACAGAAAUAUGACACUACGGAGUCACUGAGGACUUGAAGCACUACUAUGUUUUCUUUUUUCAAACCAUGACCUUAUUCUUUCAGUCAUGCCUUAAAUGACCAGAGGAGUGGCAAAUUCACUCCCAAAAAUCAGACAAGGACUGAGCAUUGCCAUGCUCAAGAUCUGUGUGUUUACCAUGUUACAACAUGCUUCAAUAUAUUCACUGUCAGUGUCACAUUUUGUUCAGUUUGAUUCUCCAUUUAUUUCAGAGAUGUCCUGUGUGAUUGCAAUGAAUACAAGAUAAUCACUUGGCCAGCAUCUCUUUCCCUAAAGAAACUAAUAAAGUGGACAUCAGUGAUACA